AUGGGUUGGUUUUGGGCAACACCCACAAAUGCUAUCACUGUGCAAGGAGGUUCGCUGCCAAGUAAGGACAUGAUGUCCGGUGACAUAAGUUUAUGUCCGGUAAUGGGUCAUAACAAUACAUCCAAGGAUGAUAGUAGCGCAUGUCCCGUUAUGCAUAAGGAUGCAGAAAAUAUCAAUCCUCUAAAUAAUAUGCCGUUUUCCAUAUCAUCAGAUAAGCAUUCCACGCAACGAUUGGAGCUACCUAAAGAUCGUACAAUAUCAUCUAUUCCCAGAGGAUCAGAUCCUUCUCAAAAUUGGGAAUAUCCCUCUCCGCAACAAAUGUACAAUGCCAUGGUUAGAAAGGGGAAGAUUGAUCAAAAUACAGGUGAGGAAAUCCCAGAGGACGCAGUUGAAUCAAUGGUUUAUGUUCAUAAUUUCCUAAAUGAAGGAUCCUGGGAGGAAAUCCUCAAAUGGGAGAAACCUUAUACUGAACAAAACCAAACAAUGCCCAAAUUAUUAAAAUUCACGGGACGACCCGAUUCCUUGAGUCCAAAGGCUAGAUGGCACCAUUUCCUUUCUAAUAUAUUUCCAUCAAAGUAUUCUAGCGAGUUACCCUUCGAUAGACAUGAUUGGGUUGUGCUAAGAGGUGAACCCACAUCAAAUGACGUGGAAAAUCCAGGUUAUAAGAAAGUAAGGUAUGUGUUAGAUUAUUAUGGUGGUCCUGAUGACGAGAAUGGGAUGCCAACUUUUAAUAUUGAUGUCCGACCUGCAUUAGAUAAUUUUGAAAAUGCCAAAGACCGUUUUAAUCAUUUUACAAAGCCUAUUCUUCGAAAAUAUUUUGAUAAAGAUGAAUGA